AGCUUGACUGCAAUGGCUUGACAGAUCUGCUGUCCUGAUGGAGCCUCUACUAUUGCAUCGCCAUCUUCCAAUUGCACCAGCUUUGAGCCUGGUGCGCGGCGGCACGGGCACGUCUGCUGCGGUGCCUGCAGUGUCCAAGGCUCACCUGGCUCGAGUCCUCUGCUUUGUAGCCCUCCCUGCUGCUUUCGUUGGCGCUGGCCGGCGGAGCCGGAGAUGUCAUCGCGCGCGGCAUGCGUUGCCCACGCGGCAUUUGAUCAAUGACUUGUGGUAUCACAAGGUCGGCAGUCCUGAAGGUCCACCUGAGGAUGAUGAGUUUUUGGAAACAGAACGGCAGCAGAAGCCAGUGCAUCUACUGCAGGGGCAUAGAGAUUCAUACCUGCACUUCAUGAGGCACCUCUUUGGCAAAGAACUGGAGAAGAUGCAAGAGCACAUUCGGCUCACCGACAACAGCUUGGUGUUCAUCUCUGAGGAGGAGGCCCUGGAACGAGGCCUUCUUGACCGCUGUGAGAGGUUGAGCGACGGCCUUGACGGCCUUUGCGUUGCAUCUUUGGAUCAACUGCUGUCGCGCUUCUCGCAGGGGCGGAGAUUUUCUGCAGAGCUCUUGGUGGAGAAGAUGUACUACGUGGCUGGGAUCGAUUCCGCUGAGCAGGUUCAGCAGAAUGGAGAGACCUAUGUCUGCAGGGUUGUGGUGCCUAUGAAGUUUCGAGAUGCUGCGACAGGGCUGGACAUUGAGGUCCAUGUGGAGCUCGGAGAAAUCCCCUUGCUGACUGAGUAUGGCAGCCUGAUCAUAUCUGGCAAUCAGUACAUCAUCGCUCAUCGCUUGGAGAGGUCAAGCGGCUGCUAUUUUUCCCUAGAAGCCAAUGAUUGUGGGGAUGUUCAUAUCCUGGAGCUCGUCACUGAAGAAUAUUCGAGGAUUCGGUGCCGUUGUCAGGUGAACAAAGAUGAUGAAGCGGAGAUCUUCUUCUGUCUGCCCAAGAGCAAAGCGCCGCUGCCCGCCGCCCUGGUGUUGCUGGGCAUGGGCUGUAGCGAAGAGGAGAUCAGGUCAGCGCGCAACGGCGAAUGGAUCUGGUCCAGCAUGCUUAGGCAGGUGGAGAUUGAGGACGACCUCAACGUGGAGGUGGCGUGCCGCGAGCUCUGCAAGUUGCUGGAUAUGAACACCGAGCUCUGGCGCGGCGAUGCCGUAGCAGCCUUCGAUUUCAAGACUUCGUGGUCCUUCCAGAGCCGCGUGGGGUCGCUGGGGCGACAGCGCCUCAACCAACGUUUGGGGUUGAACCUCAAGGAUGAAAAUUUGACGGCCCAAGACAUGUUGGCCACGGCAAACCUUUUGGCUGGAUCGUUUUUAGGAACAAAUCCACUGCAGACAGAUGAUAUCGACUCCCUGGUCAACAAGAGGCUCCGGCCGGUGGGAUUGAAGAUGCAGAGUAUGGUUCGAGAUUGGUUGAGCAGCAUCGUCAAUAAGGCUGCUGGCUUGCCGAUUUCUGUGGAUGUCAACAAGAUGACUGGGGAGAUUGUGACAGGGGGGACUCCCGACCUGCUGAAGUUCUGUGUGUCUGAACUUUGGAAGGAGAACAACAGGCAACUUUUUGAGCAGCUGAACCCACUGGCUGAGAUCAUGCAGGCGCGACGAAUUACGCAAGUGAGCGAGCUGGGUUUGGACAAGAUCAAACGCAUCCAAGGCAUUCGACUCAUUCACGCCAGCCAGUACGGGCGUGUGUGCCCUAUUGAGACGGGAGAAGGAAUGAGUGCUGGGAUCGUGCAGGCCAUGGCUGCGAACGCUCGGAUCACGGAAGACGGUGAGCUGCAGGCACCACACCAGCCGGUGGUGCAAGGGGCUCGCCUCCUCAACAAGCCCUGGGAGUACUUGUUCGCCCGCGAACAACUCGCCUGUCGCGUAGCUCAGAGCGACCUGGCGCAUGGCCCCAGCGGUGCUCUGUGUGCACCUGCGCGUCCGGAACGCGGCGGACACGUGAAGAAAACCCAGUGGAAGGAACUGACCUCGGUGAACGUCACACAUCUGGGGUUGAUCUACUCUUGUGCCCCUGAGCAGGUGGAAUACAUUGCCUGUGGAUCCCCUGUUUCAGUGGCAGUGGGUAUGAUCCCCUUUCUGGAACACGAUGAUGCGAAUCGCGCCUUGAUGGGCGCCAAGCAUCAGCAACAAUCAGUGCCCACCCUGUGGCCCGAACGUCCGGUGGUGGGAACAGGACUGGAGGCACACGUGGCGACCUAUAGCGGGCGCUGCAAACAUGCAGGCAUCGAUGGGCAAGUGCUGUAUGCGGAUGCUCAAGCAGUGACCGUGGUUCAGAGCCGCGUGGAAGAGGUCGAUUUCGAGACCACCAAGCUGCGCGGACGCCUGCGUGAGUUCUAUCUUUGGAACGCUGAUCGGACCCGAGCCUGGCUCAUGGCCGUCUCCUACUCCGACUUCAACGAGCUGCUCAUGCGGCUGCCGCAGGAGGAGCUGGGGAGGUUGGCUGCAGUGCUCUGUGGUGACCAUGAGGAUGACAUCAAGAAGGCCACCCUAACUGAAAGCUUAGCACGGGUUGGCAUCACUCCCCAGACUUUUCACUUUGAAGAGGAGGCCCAGUUGGGGGAGUUGCCUGAAGGUUGGAUCGAGACGGAGUAUUGCGUUCGGACCGAAAUGGUACAUCAAAAGCUCAAGGACUGCAGCGAGACCAAAAAACACACCUUAGCACAUGAUACUGGCGCAGUGGCAGCUGGUGAUGUGGUAUGCGCAGGUGAUGCAGUAGCGGAAGGACAGGGGAUUGUUGGUGGAGAGGUAGCUUUAGGGAAGAAUUUGGUCGUUGCUUACAUGCCCUGGAAUGGCUACAAUUACGAAGAUGCCAUUGCAAUAUCUGCCCGGUUGGUGCGUGAAGACAUUCUGACAUCUGUUCAUGUGGAUGAAAUCACGAUGAGCUUGAAUGACGAUGAUCUUUUCUUCACCCCCCGGAUCAUGGAUCCGGAGUCAAACGUGGAUUCUUUGGACUACAUGACCAAUGGCUUACCAGAGGUUGGAACCUGGUUGCAAGGUGGAGAUGUUGCGAUCUACGCCCUGCAGACCAAAAACAAGUCAGGAGUCACUCGCCUGAUACCUCGUACCAUGUGUGUCCCGGAGGGCGUGCAGGGUCGGGUGAUUGGCAGUUGCAUUCGCACCGUGGAGAAGAAACCGGGUGCCAUCAAGAAGGUGGCAUCAGUUUUCCUUGCAGUGCAAUGCCGCAUCGGAGUGGGCGACAAACUUUCGGGACGCCAUGGGAACAAAGGAAUCGUGUCGAAGGUUGUGGAGGAUCGCGAUAUGCCAUACCUUCCUGAUGGCACACCAAUUGAUGUUUGCCUCAACCCACUAGGUGUGCCUUCCCGCAUGAACGUGGGUCAGAUCUUUGAGAAUCUCCUGGGCAGUGCAGGGCGUUGGAAUGGCGAGGAGUACCGCGUGGGCGCCUUUGAUGAAAUGUUCUCGGAAGAAGCCUCCAGAGGUCUUGUCUUUGAUGCUCUGCGCAGGGCUCAGGAGAGCACUGGCAACAAAUGGUUGCUGGAUAGUGAAUACCCUGGCAAGACGAGAGUCUACGACGGGAAGACGGGCCGCCCCCUGGAGCAGCCUGUGACGGUGGGCGUGUCGUACAUCAUCAAGCUGUGCCACAUGGUGCGUGACAAGAUCCACUCGAGAGCACCCUCUGCUGGAGGAUACAAUAUGCUCACACAGCAACCUCUCAAGGGUCGUUCCAAAGGUGGAGGCCUUCGACUUGGAGAGAUGGAGGUCUCAGGCUUGGUGGGCCAUGGCGCCCCCGACACCCUGCAGGAGCUUCUGACGUUGAAGUCCGACGACCUACAAGGCCGUUAUGAGCUCUACAAUCAGCUCUGCAGAGGAGAUUUCCUAGAUUAGCAGGCGAAAAGGUGAAACUGCCUCAAGGAGCAACACCAGAAGGGUAUCUGACCUUCCGCCGCGAGCUCGCCGCCUCGGGUCUCGCGGUCACGGAGGAUUCCUGGCUCGACGACUAGCGCCAGCUGAGCGCCCGCCAAGAGCGAGCCCAAAA